UCCUCCUCAAACCUGCAGACCAGCCAGGUGCCUGUCACUUGUCGGCUUUAUUGUACAUGCAUGCCGCAUUUCACACCAGUGUAUUUAAUUGACUCUUUCCUGAGAGGCAAGAACUUUUUAAAUGGUUAUCUGCAGAGCCGUCUCACCGCCCAGACAGCUUUUACAUACUUAGAGAAGGAGAGCAGAGACAGAGAUAAUUUGCACAACUCUCUGAUGUGAAGACAGUGGAAGAGUUACUGUAUGUAUGAAUGUUACAGCCUAAAAACAAAUCAUGCUUAUUGUGAAUUCACAUUGAAUAUCUGAAAUAGUCACAGCAGAGCUAAUAAUGGUGUCCAUAAAAUAUGUGAACUGAGCAGAGCCAGCUCUUAACUGCUCAGUAGUGUUUGUUUAUUUCAUUGUUUUCUUAAACGUAUUCCUGCCCAGAAUUCAGAAAUAAUAGUUUGAUGAUUAAUGGGACUUUUACAAAGUGACAGUUCAUAUCAUGUUCCGUAAACAGAAGGGUGACACACAUGAACAGCACGAAAAAGUUUGCUUGUUAGUUUCCUGCUCAAAUAGGAGGCUCCCCAGUCACAAAGUCAAUCUCCUCCCUGUCUCUAACCUGUUCAGGGAUUUCCCCCGGUCUUUAGACACAACACUACGCCAUUCUACUGUAGUUUCACCAUAUGUGAGUCAGAUGGAAUAAUUGCAUUCACUGGAAAUAAUAACAGCAGAUCACAGGUUAUGGAUUUAAAAAUUAAAUACGUUACAUAUGUCUGUGCCGCUCACAGACAGCCUUUCCUCUGCCAGUCAAGGUGUCCAAAACAAACAAGGGAAUUGUCAUUUUAGUUGUAUCAAGGCAGGCAGCAUUGCUGUGUUACACUCUGUAUGUCUGAGUGUUUGAAAAUUAAAUAGAUUUUAAAUAGCUUACUUCAUUUAGUAAUAUAUGUAAUUGAUAAAGGUGAAUGGUUUCUCUAAGAACAAAAAUUCUGUAGGGACUUGUAGUGUGUCUGAGGAAAAGUUCAGUAAUCUAAGUGAUCUGAGGAUGGUGUAUUAAACUGCUAUAUAACGUAUAUAAUAGCCUACCAGGACUGCAUUAACUCAGUAGGGGGCUAAAUCAGCCGUGGGCCCCUUUUGACCCAAUGUUUUUAUUAAUUUAGUUUGAAAAAGGAAUAUGCACCGUGUACAUUUUGACUUAAGCACACAAACUGAUGUGCACGUAAUACAAUUUGCCCUGCUUGUGGAACUGUUAAUUUCUGUUUCUUAUGCUUCGGUGCCUGAAAGGAGGCUUUGACAGAUUGUCAAACAAAUCCAGGAGGAGCAAUGCGGAUUCUGUCCUGGUCAUGAAAAAGUGGACAAGCUCUUUACCCUUGAAGGUUAUUAGAGGGGUCAUGGCAGUUCGCCCAUUUAGUCUACACAUAUAUUGUGGGUUGGAGAAGGCAUACAACCCCCGGAGAGUCCUGUGGGGCCAGGGUACGGAAGUGUGGGGUCGUUCUUAUACAAGAGUGUCUGGUUUUGGCUUCUCUGCUCUUUGCAGAUGAUGUGGUUGUGUUGGCUUGACCUUGAGUGGAGCCCCUGCCCCCUCACAUCAAAAGUAGUUGAGGUGGUUCGAGCAUCUUAUAAGGAUGCCUCCUGGGUGCAUUUCUUAGGAGGUUUUCCGGGCAAGUCCAACUGGUAGGAGACCCAAAGCAAGCUGGAGAGAUUGUAUCUGGACUACCUUGCUUAGUCUGCUGCCACCGUGACCCAGAAAAUAUAUGAUUUCAGUUUUAUCACAAAUUUUUUUUUUAAAUGUAAGAAUCUCAUGAGGAUCUCAAUAUUACCUGGUUACAAAAAUGCAUCCUUCAUACUCGUGAAAUUGUAUCCUAGAUGCAACUUGCUAUACACGUUUUUACAUUCAUAUAUGUUUGAAACGUUUGAAUGCCGAUAACGGUGGAAAUACACAAUUCCUCAGUCUUCUUUCUGUUUUUCGACCAGGGGGUUUAUUUGCGUUCAAGUCGUUAACACCUAUGUUUCCGGCAGUACUUGAAGGUGUCACUAGUCCCUCCUCCCUUCGUCGCGCGCUGACGCGGCUGCGCGUUACAGCGUUGCUGGUGCGACUGGAAAGUUUGUAUCACUCGUCUAUGUUGGCUGAGAUAUCACUGGAUAAUGUCAUAUCCCGCGGUAGACGGUCUGUUUCGGAAAUUGUGCCGGUAACGGAGAGAAAGGGGUCAGGGCGGACAUGGCCAGUGCAGACGCGCAUCAUCACCGAGCUGCCGAGCCGCGGGUCUGGGGUCAGUUUGUACCGAAGCUAAACGGAGUCCCAGCAGUCGUACACUGCGUACUGGCCUAACCACCAUCAACGGUAACAACUCCUCCAGAGAGAGACCGCUCAACAUGAUGCUCCCACUCUAACAAGAGGACAAUUCUUAUAUCUGGAUUGGAUUUAUCGGUCACCGCCAUCAACAUGUCUGACCAGAACUACUAUUGGACCGUGUUGCCGAGCUACAAAACUAGUUUUGUGACUGGGGCCAUGAUGAAAAGGUCGAAAAGUUCCCGUAACAACAAGAGAAGGAGUUUGGCUGUCGGGACCCCGUCGCCCACGCUCUCCCGGCCUCUUUCACCUCUCCCACUUGCCACAGCUGGCAGCAGCCCUUCAGAAAGCCCCAGAAAUGUUUCUGCCAGCACCUCGGCCAACUUCCAGUUUGCCCGCAGCCAACUGGCACGCAAUGAAAGAGUGGACGGGCGAAGGUGGUCUGUGGCGUCGGUCCCCUCGUCUGGAUACUGCACCAAUGCACCCAGUUCAUCAGUAUCCUCCUCUUCUUCCCAGGAGUUACUGCACCAGUUGCCCUUCCAGCCCACGCAAGAUGAUCUCCACUUCCUGUUCAAACAUUUCCGGAGCACGGAGAGUGUGGCGGACGAAGAAGGAGCACAUGCCUCGCCUCCCGCCAGGCUCCGCUCUCGCAGUCUCAGCCCUGGACGGACCUGUGGAACAUUUGACAACGAAAUUGUCAUGAUGAAUCAUGUCUACAAAGAACGCUUUCCCAAGGCGACAGCCCAGAUGGAAUGUCGGCUGCUCGACACCAUUGCAGAGUUAUCCCCCGGCACUACUCUGCCCCUAGCUGACGGGGUGCUGGGAUUCAUUCAGCACCAGUUGGUGGAGCUCGCCAGAGACUGUCUGGACAAGUCUCAGAAAGGCCUGGUCACCUCCAGGUACUUUGUGGAGCUGCAGGAGAAACUGGAGAAGCUGCUGCACGAGGCGUAUGAGCGAUCAGAGAGCGAGGAGGUGACCGUCAUCACCAAAUUGGUCAAGAAGAUUCUCAUCAUCAUCUCGAGGCCGGCCAGGCUCCUGGAGUGUCUGGAGUUUGAUCCCGAGGAGUUCUACCAACGGUUGGAGGCUGCAGAGGGUCAAGCCAAGGUGGGCCACGGCAUCAAGACUGAUAUUCCCAAAUACAUCAUCAGCCAGCUCGGCCUCACCAGGGAUCCCUUGGAAGAGAUGGUUCAUCUGGAGCAGACGAGUCCGGUUCACAGAGCGGCCAGCAGAGAGUCUGAUGACGCGGGAGAGGCAACAUCUCAGAGCCGAGCAGGCUCCACCCCUCCUCGUAGGAAACCACUGGAGAGCGACUUUGAGACUAUCAAGCUCAUUAGCAAUGGCGCCUAUGGGACUGUGUUUCUGGUGCGCCACAAGGACACCCGUCAACGCUUUGCCAUGAAGAAGAUCAACCGGCAGAACCUGAUGCUUAGAAACCAAAUCCAGCAGGUGUUUGUGGAGCGAGACAUCCUCUGCUUUGCUGAAAACCCAUUUGUGGUUUCUAUGUUCUGCUCCUUUGAGACACGGAGGCACCUCUGCAUGGUCAUGGAGUAUGUGGAAGGUGGGGAUUGUGCCAACCUAUUGAAGAACAUUGGUCCUCUGCCUGUGGACAUGGCUCGGAUGUAUUUUGCGGAGACUGUCCUGGCUUUAGAGUAUCUUCACAACUACGGCAUCGUACACCGAGACCUGAAACCUGACAAUCUGUUAAUCACCUCCCUGGGACACAUCAAGCUGACAGACUUCGGGCUGUCAAAGAUCGGACUAAUGAACAUGACCACCAACUUGUAUGAAGGACAUAUAGAAAAGGAUACCAGAGAGUUCAUCGACAAACAGGUGUGCGGCACUCCAGAGUACAUUGCUCCAGAGGUGAUCCUGAGGCAGGGCUAUGGGAAGCCAGUGGACUGGUGGGCUAUGGGUAUCACCCUCUAUGAGUUCUUAGUGGGCUGUGUGCCUUUCUUUGGAGACACACCAGAACAGCUCUUUGGUCAGGUGGUCAACGAUGACAUCAUCUGGCCUGAGGGGGAAGAUGCUCUGCCAGCUGAUACGCAGGACCUCAUCACCAGACUGCUGAGACAGAGCCCUCUGGAUCGUUUGGGAACAGGUGGAACCACGGAGGUGAAGAUGCACAUGUUCUUCUCGGGUUUGGACUGGAACGGCCUCCUGAGACAGAAAGCUGAAUUCAUACCUCAACUAGAGACUGAGGACGACACCAGCUACUUUGACACCCGAUCAGAGCGCUACUGUCACCUGGACUCAGAUGAUGAUGACGAUGAUGAAACCAACGAUGAUGAAUCAUCUCUGGAACUUCGACAGUUCUCCUCUGUGGCCCACCGCUUCAGCAAGGUGUACAGCAGCUCAGAGCACCUGUCCACCUCCACGCCGUCCAACCAGAGCCUGUCGUCGUCGUCAGAGCGAAGCCACAGCGAGGAGAAGGAGGAGCGGUGGGAGGGAAAGGGAGUCCUCUCCCCUGGCGAUGGACACAAACACUUGGCCAGUGGAGACAGGAGGACAGAUGGACACAGGGGGAGGUGGGAGCAUGAAACUCUGCGUCCUCGUGCUUCGUCCAGCUCCUCCCAGUCAGAGCGCAGUGCCAGCCCACUGGUGAUGAACAGCACCCAGAGCCUCGACAUCAUGCCUCGCUUCGCCAUCUCUGCCGAGGAGGAAGACGGGAUGGUUUCCAACUUGCGGCGCAUUCGGCUCCGAAGCAACAGCACAGGCACCAGGCCAUCCUUCCGAAGAGGGGCGUCCCGGCGCAUCUCCCACCAGCUGGAGACCCCAGAGAAACCCAGGCCCUCAGCUGGAAAAGUCCCCAAGUCCGCCUCUGUCUCUGGCCUGUCCCUCAUCAUCACCCCAGAUGACUCAGCAGGUCCUCCUACGAGCCCCAAAUCCUCCUUGUCCCUGUCGUCCAAUCCCUCGUCCAGAGACUCGUCCCCCAGCAGGGACCUCUCCGUGAGCAUCAGCUGCCUCAGGCCUCCUGUGGUCAUCCACAGCUCUGGGAAGAGGUUUGGAUUUGCGUUGCGAGCUAUCAGAGUCUACAUGGGAGAUAGUGACGUCUACACGGUUCACCACAUGGUCUGGUGUGUUGAGGAAGGCAGUCCAGCACACGAGGCAGGACUGAGAGCCGGUGACCUCAUCACUCACGUCAACGGGGAGUCGGUCCAGGGACUCGUCCACACCGAGGUGGUGGAGCUCCUGCUCAAGAGUGGAAACAGGGUGACCCUGCAGACUACUGCACUGGAGAACACUUCUAUCAAGGUGGGCCCUGCCAGAAAAGCGAGCUACAAGGCCAAGAUGGCCCGACGCAGCAAGAAGAGCAAAAGGAAGGACGGACAGGACAGCCGGCGACGUAGCAUCUUGAAGAAGCUGUCUAAGCACACACCUCCUCCGCCCAUGCAGAGCAGUCGUAGCUUCUCUUCGGGUUUCCACCAGUCAUCCAGCGACAGCCUCUCCGGCUCCCCCACGCAGAGUCUCUCUCCUGGGCCUUCUACGCCUUGUCGCUCUCCUGCUCCUGAUCACUCCGGAGAUUCAAGUUCCUCUCCUUGCUCCAGCUCCCCUAACUCGCCGGUCCCACAGGCCCGUCCCAGUUCCCUACAUGUCUUGGGUCGCUACACCAAAGCCGGGCGCUGCAAGUCCACCACCAGUAUCCCUCCUUCACCGCUGGCCUGCAUCCCCCCUCCUCAGCCCCUCUCUCCCCAGUGCUCUCCAUCUUGCCUCCCCAGUCACCCCAAGUCUCUACAGGGUUUCCAUGGCAAGACGUUGUCCCCUCCCACUAUCACACGCCAUUCUGUGCGUCCCCGCAGUGCAGAACCGCCGCGGUCACCGCUCCUCAAGAGGGUCCAGUCGGCAGAGAAGCUGACGGGAGACAAGAUGACGGGGGGGUACCACGGAGAUAGGAAGGCCUACAGCACCCGUCGCCACACCAUGGAGGUGCCUCUGUCUGAAGGGGAGGGGCUGGAGGACUUGGAGGGGGACACCGCCACCGGGUUCGUCUGUGUCGGUGAGCAUGGCCGCCAGGGUCUGUACAUAGGAGGGCAGCGAGGCCACCAGGACGCAGCCAGUGGAGGCGGCGAGCAUUACCGCGCUACCGCCUCGCCACAACACCGCGGUGGCAACCACCACUCCAAUGAGGUGGUGGUGAUGAGGAAGCUGGCGCUGUCGGAGCGAAGGGACUCCUUCAAGAAACAGGAGGCCGUGCAGGAAGUGAGUUUCGAUGAUUUGGAGGAGAGAGAGGCAACGCCGAGCCCAACGCUUCCUGUCACGCAGCAGAAAGCGUUCAAGGCGUCCUGGAUCAACUCGGCCCAGUCAGAAUCCGAUGUGAAGCUGGAAGGAAGUGGAUCACAGGGUACAAAAACACCUCAGAAAGCCAAGUCGAAAGACAAAGGGUUUUAGUCUUUGACCUGCUACUGUACUUGCAUAUGAAGGCCUUGCAUGUGUGUCCAGAAGACUGUGACCAAGUCCCAAAUCAUCACAAGCAACUGCUUGAAGACGGAAGAACAAAUUAACAUUGAUGUAUCUCAGUAAUAUAUGCAUCCUGCAACACUAACAGAAUAGUGACUGCUAAACUAUGUUUACUUCCUCGUUGCUUGUUUUCACCCUCGGUUCUCAAAUCACUGUGGCACCUGUAACUGAUGUAAUUUGUAAAUAUUUUUGUUUUAAAUGAAGAAACCUAUUUAUGACUUUUUAUGUUGAAAAUGCCUUGGACGCUUCAGCUGCUCUUAGUUCAGGAAAGGCACAAGAGAAAAGCCACACACAUACUCUGUGUGGUUUUACAGCAGGUGCAGAAGAAGAGGGCAGGUAAACAUCAGUAAAUAUCGUACCAUAUUUCUUUUAUACCUCAAUGCCUGCCUACAACUGGGUGUUGUUUCAUGUUCAGAUUGGGUCUUUGAAACAAACUGGCAGUGUUUGUCUUGCAACAUAUAAUGUAUAUUAUAGAAUCUCUGCCUCUCUGUCACACGGGUUGUGGAGGCAACCAUUUGAACUAAGCGAUCCCAAAGUUAGGCCUCGUAUGAACAUUUCUUUUGAAGGAUAAAAAAUAUCAACGUUCUUAAUACUUGGAAGUCUAGCUGUGGUGCCAAAGUAUGGUUUAGCCAUCGGAACCAUUUGAAAAGAGGUACUGUAGUUGUAUAUAAGAAGCUUCAUGCAUGCAUGGGCUCUACUUUCACUUCCUGUCCGUCCUGUAAAACAGUGUGUCCCUCCUCUAGCAGAGGUUUGAAUCAUGACCUGCUCAACACACAGGUCUGUAGAUAAAGCUUCGUGACUCCAUGAAACCGGGCUGUUGUCGCCGUCCUCUUAAUACCUUUGUUGAAUCAAGCCCCCGUCCAGCUCCAUAACCUAGUCUAGCUGAAGUGUUUGCACAAGUCAUAGUAGCCGUAUAACAGUUAGAGCACAUUCAUGUUUCAGGACGACUUCCUUCUGCGUAGGAUUCAAAAAUUGUACAGUGGAUGCAACAAACUUGUUCCCGUUGGCUUGUUUUCUUUUAAUGCGUGUUAUGAAUGAAUGUUUACAUUUUAGUGCAAAUCUGUGUGUGGACUUGUCAUGGUUUUUAGUUAAAUUAUUAUCAAAAAAAUGAAUGAAAUUCAACCCGAGGCCCUGAGUGGAUGAAGGACUGAGUGGAGGGGGUCUCCUUUUGUAUGUUUUGAUAUGGAAACAGUUGUGUUGCAGUACUAAUAGCCUAUGCUGUUGAUGUGUGUCGUAUAAACAAUGGUGGACCUUAUAACAGCUGUUGGUGGUUUUUGAAAGUGACCUUGUAAGGGUAGAUGGACUCAGAUAUGUUGUGUAAUGUGACGGGGUCCUAAUCUCAUGUUGCGACCAGCCUCAAAGCAUUGUGCAUGCUUCACAUCCCAGUAGAAUAUUCCCACAAUUUUAAAACAUAUUUUACUUUUUCUUUAAAUGCUCUUGGAAGUUAUAAACCCAAAGGGCCUUGAAUUCUUAAAUGUGAUGCCCAGUAACAGAUUUGAGCUUUAAAAUUAGAGUUUUGUUAAGAAAUGUUCACAUACAGGAUUUGGUUUGCAGCUCUGUAUUCUUUAUUUUAUACUUUUGUGGCCAUUUUGAAUCUGUUUCUUAUUGUUUUCAUUCAGUUCAACCGUUUGCAUCAGUAACCAAAAAAUGCUUCCGGUCUCGUUUCAAAGGAAAAACUUUUGUUUUGUGUUCUUAAAUUUUAUGAUGGCACACAUUUGUAUUUUUGCCUAAUUGAGGGAACUGUUAAUAUGGGAAUUCAUAACGGAUGUUUAGCACAUACUAAGCCUUGGAAGGUGGUGAUAGAUUGUGUGAGUUAGAAGUUUGUUCGUCUGCUUAGCGGAAACUAAACGGUGUGUCUGUAUAGGAUUUAUCCCUGAAUUUCUGAUGCAAUAUACAUCUUGGUAUGUUCUUUUGACUUGAUGUUUUUAUUUUUUACCCCAACCAACCAGUCUUAGUAUCUCUUGACCCUAAGUUGUAUCAUCAUUUUAUACUUUUCUUAAGUGAAGACUGGAGAUCUCAGCAGCAGUCCAUACCAGCGGUCAGAACGACUCUUCUCUCUGUUUUUGCCAGCCUGUGUGUGAUAAACUCCAUGUCUUCACAACUUGUCCUCCUCCGUCUUGUUUUUCUUCCACGCUCGUUUUAGUGUAUUAAAAAGUUGUCGCUCUCCAUUCGACCCCUUGUCCCCAAAUGUCAAACUGGCCUUUAUGAAAUAUCUGAUGCAGACUGGUGUGACAUUGUUUUUUUUUAUUGUCUUAACAGUGCUUGAAAUAAAUGCAUUACAAAGGGACUACGAAGUCCAGGACCACAAA